AACCCGCGGUGAGGCGGAGCCGGGACCGCCCCGCGCCGGCGGCCGCUGAGUGCCCGGGUAGCGGCGGCCGCAGGAGCGGGAGGAGGAGGAGGAGGCGGCGGCGGUGGUACCGUCACCACCGGUUCCCUCCUUCUCCCUUUCACCCUCAGCGCCCGCCCCAGCGGUCGUCAAGCGGCCCGCGCCCUCCCUCCGCGGUCACUUCUCCUCAGCCACCGCCGAGCCGCCGCUUCCGGCCGCAUCCUCUCCCGCCCCCCCACCCUCCUCCUCCCGUCCCACUCCUCACCUCAGGGUUUGCGGGGCGGCCGCCGGGCGAUGAACUCGCUGCUUUUCGGGGAGAUGGCCCGCGCCUUCUCUCCUGGCGUGGCGGCUUCCUCCUGCCCGCUGGGCCCCGGCGGUGCUGGCGGUCCCGGUAGCCCGGCGGCGGCGGGGGGGGCCCCUCCGGUAACGGCAGCGCUUCGGAACGACCUGGGCUCCAACAUCCACCUGCUGAAGGGGCUGAACGUGCGGUUCCGCUGCUUCCUGGCCAAGGUCCACGAGCUGGAGCGGCGGAACCGUCUGCUGGAGAAGCAGCUAGCGGCCCAGCAGAGCGAACGCGAUCGCCGCCUGCGCUACAAAACCUUCUCCCGAGACCAGGCCGUGCAGACCGACUCCGGUACCUCCCCGAUGCUGCCGCCACCGGGUCCCGGCCACGGGCUGGCCGCCGGGCCCCUCUCCUCGCCGCCUCACUACAGCCGAUUGCCUGGGACCAUCUGGAGCUACACCCAGGUGCGGCGGACCGGAGGCGGCGGGCUGGAGACGGUGCAGGGGCCCGGGGUCUCCUGGAUCCAUCCGGACGGGGUCGGGGUGCAGAUCGACACCAUCACCCCCGAGAUCCGCGCCCUCUACAACGUGCUGGCCAAAGUCAAGCGGGAACGGGAUGAGUACAAGAGAAAGUGGGAAGAGGAGCUGACAAGAAGAAUGAGCCUGGAGUCCAUGGUGGAGACCUUGCGGGAGGAGGCACAGGAAGCAGAGGCUCUCCAGGAGGAGUUAAAUGAAAAGAUUGAAAGACUGAAAGCAGAACUUGUGGUCUUUAAGGGUCUGAUGAGUGAUCCCAUGACAGACCUGGACACAAAGAUUCAAGAAAAGGCCAUGAAGGUGGACAUGGACAUCUGCCGGCGAAUCGAUAUCACAGCCAAGCUGUGCGAUGUCGCGCAGCAGCGCAACUCUGAAGACGUUUCCAAGAUAUUCCAGGUGGCUUCCAAGAAGAAGGAACGCAAGCUGACGUCUGAUGAUGACCUCUCUGAGCAGGAUGGGGACAAUGGCAGGUUCUCAGAUGAUGAGGUCAGCUGUUCUUUGAAUAUCACAGAUGAAAUGAAGAGGAUGUUCAAUCAGCUUCGUGAGACAUUUGAUUUUGAUGAUGACUGUGAUAGUUUAACGUGGGAGGAGAAUGAGGAAACUUUGCUUCUUUGGGAAGACUUCACAAACUGUAACCCUUCAAUUGACCUCCAAGGAGAGGAGGAAAACCUGGGAAACUUGAUCCAUGAAACUGAGUCUUUCUUUAAAACGAGAGAUAAGGAAUACCAAGAAACAAUAGGGCAGAUAGAGCUGGAAUUGGCCACAGCCAAGAGUGACAUGAAUCGCCAUCUCCACGAGUAUAUGGAAAUGUGCAGUAUGAAAAGGGGGCUGGAUGUACAGAUGGAAACCUGUCGUAGGCUCAUCAAAGGCUCAGCUGACAGAAAUUCUCCAUCUCCCAGCUCUGUAGCCAGCAGUGACUCAGGAAACACAGAUGAAAUUCAGGAUGAGUUGGACAGAGAGACGGAUGUGGAGCCCAUGGUCAGCUGAUACAUUUGAAGCAUUCCAGUGAAAAGGGAAGAAGAUUCAAGAUUAGAAAAUCAAUACCCUGAUGGAGGGGAAAAAAAAAAAAAAAAAGACUUGUAAGCCCUUGCACAGGGUACCUAAGGACUCAUUCCUACAUGCAUCCCCACCCCACCCAAGGAUUGGUGCUGUAAAUUUCUAUUGUUUUACAGAUCAUAAAUGCAGAGUCCUGUAGAGAAAACUUGGUAUUUUAAUUGUGCCUUUGCCCCAAGCUGAGCCACUUUGAGCUCCAGUGGAAUAUUAAUAGCAGGUGUUUUUAUAAAAAAAAAAAAAGUUAUUUUAAAAAAUAAUUCUGGUAGCAGCAGAGAAUGGUGCUGCAAAGGCUGUGGGUAUUUCAAUAAACUCAUGGUUUUAUUGAAUUGCUGCACUGAUUUACAAAAGGAAUGCUGGCAAAAUGAGAAAUGAACCCAAAAUAAUUAUGGUACAAUUACCAAUGUCUGGCACAAAAAAAAAAAAGCCUCCAAAUUGAACUGUAAACAUAUUAAAAUAGCAGGUUUAGAGACAGCUUUUAGGAUUAAUCAGUUAUACAAUAUUAAAAGGAAUUUCUUCAUUCCAUCUUUCUGGCUGAAGGAUCCUUUGAGAUUUGUAGAAGCUUUCUGCUGGAUUCCAGAAUCAGAAAGAGCCUCAGAAGUCUCAGCUGGGUGGCAAAGCAGGUGGACAAAGGAGGGCUCAUGGGGUGGGACUAUCACUGAUAAACUACUAUGCAAAAAAAAAAA